GGUUAGCAGACAGCGACGAUAAAAAAGGAGAAAUCAAAAUGGAUUGACUUUCAUUUUAUAAGACACGGGUAUUGAUUUUCUCAGGUCAGUGAUAUCGGUUACUUUCCUUAAACAUCCGUGCAAUUAGUGCAAAAAUUUGGCAUUGAGAUAUUAUAACGCAAUAGUAUUCUGACCGUCGUCGGAUCAAGUCAAUCGGUUCGGCCACGUUGACAGAUUAUUCGCCGGACGGCUAGUUCUCUAUUAUCCUCGGGCUCAGAACUUUUAUUCACUCAAGCCACGCAAUUGUUACGUGUCAAGCCCUGCUCACCCCUGAUUGCCCGAAUUGUCAUGGUAGAGGCAACGUGUGUUACUGAUUUUUUGGAUGAACUUACAAAAAAUCAUUGAUUUUUUUCUUUGUGAAAAAGUGGUCCACUGUCAUUUUUGACUGCUUUGUAACUGACUUUGAAUCUCCGUUGAUGAUAGGUUGGUAGUUAGUUGUCAAAUAGCUCUGCUAUCAUUUAAGUACACACUAACUACCCGACCGCCGGAGCUAUGAGGGUACUAAGAUACAGAAGAGGAGCAAUAAUCAAGCUUGGAAUUGUCACACUGAUCGCUCUAAUCAUUGUUCCAUUUUUCUUCUUGAAACUUGAUGGCAGCAAAGAUUCAAAAUCAAAGAAAGAUAAUCUUGCCAAAGACUCUCAUCCCCUUCAGAAGGGACCCAGAGCCCCAGAUGCUGCUAACGGUCCAGGAGAUGUGGUUGGGGCUGGAGAUGCUCCUAAAAAUGUUGUAGACAAUCCAGUAGAGUCUAACAAUGGACAGGAGGAGGUACAAAUGGAGGUGCCCAACAAGUUUGGCCCCCCGCAACGUCUCACUCCAGGCCAGUUGGGUAACUUUGAGCCAAGAGAUUACCCCUCCAGGAAUGGACCAGGUGAGAAUGGUCAGGCAGUGUACACAAAGAUGGAGGAGAGAACUCGAGCGGAUGCUACCACCAGGGAGUUUGGAUUUAACAUGGUUAACAGUGACAAGAUAGCCAUGGACAGAACUAUACCAGACACCAGACUAGAUGAGUGUAAAUAUUGGCAAUACCCCGAGGACCUACCCACAGCCAGUGUGAUUCUGGUGUUCCAUAAUGAAGGCUGGUCCACCCUGAUGAGGACAGUACAUAGUAUUAUCAACAUGUCCCCUGCCCAUCUGCUGAAGGAAGUGGUCAUGGUGGAUGAUUAUAGCACCAAAGAUCACCUGAAAGGCAAACUGGAGGAGUAUAUUAAACAGUUUAAUGGUAAGGUAAAGCUGUAUAGGAACAGUGAACGCCUCGGACUGAUCGGCACCAGGACGCGUGGAGCUGAAUUGUCUACAGGUGAUGUCAUUGUCUUUUUGGAUGCCCAUUGUGAGUGUAACAGAAACUGGUUACCUCCCCUUUUAGCCCGGAUCCGUUAUGACAGGACUAUUAUGGCUGUACCUAUUGUUGAUGGUGUAGACUGGGAUAACUUCCGCUACCAUCCAGUGUAUGGUGAGGCCCACCACCGUGGCAUCUUUGAAUGGGGAUUCCUGUACAAGGAGAGUACAGUACCACAGAAGGAGCUGAGUCGCCGACAACAUAACAGUGAACCAUACAGGUCACCAACCCAUGCUGGAGGACUUUUUGCAAUGGACAGAAAAUACUUCUUUGAAAUGGGGGCUUAUGACGAAGGUUUAAAAAUAUGGGGAGGAGAAAACUUUGAACUAUCAUUUAAGAUCUGGCAGUGUGGAGGUAGUAUAGAGUGGGUGCCCUGUUCUCGUGUUGGCCAUGUUUACAGAAAUCACAUGCCCUACGGCUUCGGAAAACUGGAUGUAAAAAUACCUGUGAUAUCAUUGAACUACAUGCGAGUGGUGGAGGUGUGGCUUGACGAUGAACAUAAAGAGUUUUUCUACACGAGAGAGCCCAGUGUCCGUGGCUAUCCUGUGGGGGACCUCACCAAACAACUUAAGUUCAAAAAGGAUCACAAAUGUAAAAGUUUUAAGUGGUUCAUGGAGGAGGUAGCUUACGAGGUGUACGACAGGUUCCCUAAACUACCUCCUAAUAAAGCCUGGGGAGAAGUGAAAGAGAAGAAUGGGAUGCGUUGCCUGGAUACAAUGGGACAACAAGUUGGCGGGGGUGCAAUGGGUAUCAGUGGAUGUCAUCACUUCGGUGGUAACCAGAUGUUCCGCAUUAAUACAAAAGGCCAGAUGGGAGUUGGAGAGCGAUGCAUUGAAGCCCCUAAUGGCAGUACACUACACAUGCAUUUCUGUGAGACACAGCCCACAGGUCCAUGGCAGCUUGAUCUGACAACAGGUGUGAUUCGACAUGAACACCACCAGAAAUGUUUGGAGGCGGGCAGUGGAAACAAGGUCACAUUGGAGCCAUGUGACCCAUCAAACGAUAAACAGAAAUGGGUCGUCAACGAGAUCCGGCAAUGGAAGUGAUCACAAUAAUCGGAAUACUAAGUUAUUUAUUUUAACAUUUUGCUCAAAAAAGUAUAUCAUUUUUUGUGUAUUAAACCUAAAGGGAUCUGAAAAUUCAUUAUGUGAUGAAUAUUUGCUUUUGAUAAUUCAACAUCAUCCUUAGAUACUAGUUUAGAUUUAUCAAAAAAGAUCAUUUUGAUAAAUUCAGAAUAACAAUAAUCCAUUAUGUAGUAUGUGCAAUGGUUUUGUUGUGUGAGAAAAGAAUUUAAAUAAUGAGUUUAUGAUGAUGAACUUUGUAAAGGUUUCCUCCUCUGGAAGGAUUUGUUUAGUUUCUCAGAGCCUUGCAAACUUACAAUGAUAGCAGGAAGUGCGAUAAGGAACUUGAUUUCGUAUACAAUCUUAUUUAUACUACAAUCUUACCGGUAUGUAUACAGUGUACUACAAGAACCACGCAGUAUUGAUUAGGCAUCUAUAAACAUCAGUCUUGACAAUUUUUGUGCUUGUGGACUUUAUCAGUGAUUGAAGUUUAAAUUGAAAAUUGAAGUACUUUUAGAAACUUGUCAUGUCCUGUGUGCAAAUAAUUUAUUACAAACAAUAUUUAUGUCUUUAACAUCGAAAAUGAGUUGCAAAAAAUACUCAUAUAGUUUUAUUGUUUUCCCAAAAAUACUGGCAAUAACAAGUUCUCGAGGUAAUUGUUUAGUUAUGUAGAAUAGACUGAUAGGUCUAGUGAAAAAGCAAUUUGGAAUUAUAAUUUCGUAUGGAGAAACACUUUCAUAUAUAUGUGCUUGCUUUUUUUCAUAUUUGUUAAUUACACUGAAUAAUUUUUAUUCGGGAUUUGGAAAACAUGCAUAUAUUCUUCAACAAUGAAAAAGGUUUGCAUAUUCUAUGAAUUUUAAGAACUUUUAUUUUCUAGACAUGGUUAAGGGAAAUUAAAAUAAAAUUAAUGUAAUUGUAAUCACAACUCAAAAUAUAACUCAUUUUUGUCUAUUAAUUUGAUUAUACUUCCAACAUAGAUAUAAUAAGCUUUAGAGAAUACUGAUGUAGAAUAUUUGACUGUAUUGUCUAAAUAAGGAAAAUCUCUUCUUAGUUUUACAUAUGAAAUAAGAGUUAAGAAUUGAGGCAGCUAAAACUGUUUUCACAGUAUCAGUAAUAUACAAGUAUUUCGACAUGAGGAUUUAACAGAUAAAUAUUAAUUAGUACAAUUAGUUAGGGCAGGAAUGUACUUAAUCAGUUAAUAUACUUAUGAGUUUCCGACAGGAAUGCAUAAUCAGUACAAUAGGUUUAAGAUAAAAAUACAUUUAUGAUUAGUAAAAUAUGUAGGAAUAGGAAUGCAUUACAGGACAAUAAUUAAAGACAGGAAUGUAUUUCUCAGUACAACAGCUGGUAUGACCAGAAUGUAUUUCUCAGUACAACAGCUGGUAUGACAGGAAUGUAUUUCUCAGUACAACAGUUGGUAUGACAGGAAUGUAUUUCUCAGUACAACAGCUGGUAUGACAGGAAUAUAUUUCUCAGUACAACUGCUGGUAUGACAGGAAUGUAUUUCUCAGUACAACAGUUGGUAUGACCAGAAUGUAUUUCUCAGUACAACAGCUGGUAUGACAGGAAUGUAUUUCUCAGUAAAACAGUUGGUAUGACAGGAAUGUAUUUCUGAGUACAACAGUUGGUAUGACAGGAAUGUAUUUCUCAGUACAACAGUUGGUAUGACAGGAAUGUAUUUCUCAGUACAACAGCUGGUAUGACAGGAAUGUAUUUCUCAGUACAACAGCUGGUAUGACAGGAAUGUAUUUCUCAGUACAACAGUUGGUAUGACAGGAAUGUAUUUCUCAGUACAACAGCUGGUAUGACAGGAAUGUAUUUCUCAGUAAAACAGUUGGUAUGACAGGAAUGUAUUUCUGAGUACAACAGUUGGUAUGACAGGAAUGUAUUUCUCAGUACAACAGUUGGUAUGACAGGAAUGUAUUUCUCAGUACAACAGCUGGUAUGACAGGAAUGUAUUUCUCAGUACAACAGCUGGUAUGACAGGAAUGUAUUUCUCAGUACAACAGUUGGUAUGACAGGAAUAUAUUUCUCAUUACAAAAGCUGGUAUGACCAGAAUGUAUUUCUGAGUACAACAGCGGUAUGACAGGAAUGCAUUUUAGUUUAAUUAUAGUAAUUGGUACAAUAAGUUAUAUUAGUAAUGUAAUGCAUUUCUAAUCAGUAGAAUAAGUCCGAACAAUAAGCUCAAUAAUACAAACACUUCAGCACAAAAAGAGAUUUUUUGGUAGAUCUGUAUCAUAUAGGUUGACACAUUUAGUAGAAGGUACAUCAUCUCCAUGACAGUGAUUGGUCAUACAAUAAGAUAUUUCAUCUAAAGGCUAUAGUAUAAAUCAUUCAAAAAGCAUAUCAAUGAAACAGAUUUAAUAAUAUUGUACUCAAUUUCCUGAUCAUUAUCAUGUUACAGUGUGUAAAUGGUCAAGCAAUAAUUGUGUAAAAAAAAUAUCACAGUAUAAAAUGUUCAUUUUAAUUUUGUGAUGCUUCUGUCAGAUUUGUCUUUGGUGUGGUAUUAAUUGAUAGGUUACAGCUAGUAAAGAUAUACAUUGUACUGUUACUAGUGGUUUUAGUCAAUUUUAUUAGCUGCAUUCUGUAUCAUUAUAUUGCAACAACAUAGCUAUAUAUUAAUGUCCUGACUAACAUUAAUUAACCAUACCCGUGCUUAUUGUGUUACUGAAUUAUCUAUUGUAUAUAAAAACAUUCCACGUCACAUUGUUGCUGCUCAUUAUGUGACCUCAUGCUUGUCUCAUAUUUGAUUUGUACUAGAUCUUAACUUCUACCUGGUAGAUCAUAAUGAAAUAUUUGAUUAAUCCAUCUUAUUUUCUAAAGAUUUUUCAGAAGUAUAAACGUUUCUGCUAAGUUUCAAUAAUUCAAUUUUUCACAGAGAAAGAACAUUGAAAUUCAUUGUACAUUAUCUUUUAUGUCCAAAUAUUAGGUUGAUUCAUCCUCAUAAUCUCUAUUAAUGAAAACUGUUUUGCAAAAAUACUUUUUGC